AUGGUCUUCCCGUCCCUUCCAAUCUAUCUAGAUCCACCCAACUGGUCACAACAGCAACCUAAUCAGCCAGCAGGAAUUGGCACCCAGAAUUCACAGAUUCUACCAUCUUUGCAGCCGCCACCUUCAUCGGUGGCGGCUGUUAUCGGAGGUGGUGGUGGUUAUCAAGGCUCUAUUAGACCAGGAUCCAUGGCUGAUCGAGCAAGGAUGGCAAAGAUACACCAACCUGACGCAGCACUCAAAUGUCCACGAUGUGAUUCUUCCAACACCAAGUUUUGCUACUACAACAACUAUAGCCUUUCACAGCCUCGCCACUUUUGCAAGACUUGCCGUCGUUACUGGACCAGAGGAGGUGCACUCAGAAACGUGCCAGUUGGAGGUGGCUGUAGAAGGAACAAAAGAAACAAAGGAAGUAGCGGUAGAUCAAAGUCUCCUAUGAAACCCUCAACAGGUUCUACCUCUGCAAGUGCUAAUUCUUCUUCUAGUGGCUGCACCACUGAUCAUGUGAUGAUGACUCACUUGCCAACUCCAACACAAACUCAAUUUCCAUUUUUAACCUCUUUGCAUCAUUAUAAUAGUGACUACGUUUCUGGGGGCAUUGGAUCUCAUUUUGGGGAGAUCACGACACCUUUGGUGGCUAGAAAUGGCAGUGAUGUUGAGUUCCAAAUUGGCACUACUUCAGCUUCAUCACUUGGUAAUAGUGGUGGGGCUAUGCUGUCAAAUGGCCUUGGUGAGCAAUGGCGGUUGAACAAUCUGCAACAAGUUCAACAUCAGUUCCCUUUCUUGGGCAAUAAUUUGGAGCCACAAGCUGGGGUGUUUCAGUUUGGUGGUGGAGAAAAUAAUAAUGCCGAACCGCCAAGUUUUGCAAAGGAUGGAAGCCGGUUUAAUAUUCGUUCUAAAAUGGAUUCUAUUUCUAGUCUAAGUGGAAUAAUGCCUCAGCUUAACACGAUAAAGGUGGAAGAAAAUCAAGGUUUCAGUUUGCCAAAAAAUCUCUUGAUGGGUAAUUCGGGAAAUGAUGUACUUUGGAAUGGAAGUGGAAAUGCAUGGAGUGAACUUCCUUGUUUCACUCCUUCACAUAAUCAGUUGUCGUGA